UUGCACCAUUCCCCUCUCUCUGGGCUCCGGCGUGUUGCAGGCAGCGGGGGAGGGGCCAAUGUAAUUUUCUACAUUAGUGAAUCAGUGCGGGCGAAUCCUGGAGGGACGGAGGAGCUCCUCCAACAUCAUCCUCAUCCUCAGAGCCGGCAGAGCUCCUCCAACAUCAUCCUCAAGCCGGGCAUGCUGUGAGCCCCCCAUCCCCAUCCUCCUUCCAUCAUCAUGGCUCUGGUCAUGGAACCCAUCAGCAAGUGGAGUCCCAAGCAGGUGGUGGACUGGAUGAAAGGGCUGGACGACUGCUUGCAGCAAUACAUCAAAAACUUUGAGCGGGAGAAGAUCAACGGGGAGCAGCUACUACACAUCACCCACCAGGAGCUGGAGGAGCUCGGAGUCACCCGGAUCGGCCAUCAGGAACUCAUACUGGAGGCCGUGGACCUGCUGUGCGCCCUGAAUUACGGUCUGGAGACGGAGAAUUUGCGCACGCUCUCCCACAAACUCAACUCAUCCGCCAAAAAUCUCCAGAACUUCAUCACAGGAAGGAGGCGGAGCGGGCACUACGAUGGGCGGGCCUCCCGGAGAUUACCCAACGACUUCCUCACCUCCGUGGUGGAUCUGAUUGGUGCUGCGAAGAAUCUGCUGGCCUGGCUGGACAGGUCUCCGUUUGUCAGCGUGACGGAAUAUUCGCUCCUGAAAAAUAACAUUGUUCAACUGUGCCUGGAACUGACCACCAUCGUCCAACAGGAUUGCACUGUCUAUGAAACGGAAAAUAAGAUUCUCCAUGUGUGUAAAACUUUGUCUGGGAUCUGCGACCACAUUAUUUCCCUGUCAUCCGAUUCGCUGGUGUCUCAGUCGGCCCAUUUGGAAGUCGUCCAUCUCACAAACAUUAUGCCAAGUGAAGGACUGGGAAUGUACAUCAAGUCUACGUAUGACGGCCUCCAUGUCAUCACCGGAACCACGGAGAACUCACCUGCCGACCAAUGCAAGAAGAUCCACGCCGGCGACGAGGUCAUCCAGGUCAACCAUCAGACCGUGGUCGGUUGGCAAUUAAAGAACUUGGUGAACGCGUUGAGAGAAGACCCCAGUGGGGUGAUCCUGACCCUGAAGAAGAGACCCCAGAACACUCUGGCAUCGGCACCCGCACUCCUGAAGAACGUCCGAUGGAAACCGCUUGCACUUCAGCCUGUGAUUCCAACCAGUCCCACAAGUGGUAACACAACACCCACCGGAACAAUGGGAAUGCCAUCCAAGGUGGACGGCUCCACCCUACACGAUGUCUUCAUCCUUUCCCCUGUGUCUGGACUUUAUGGCCCAAGAGAUGACAUCGGCAUCGUGUCCUGCGAUGACAUCAAUAAGUACGGCGUCAGCAAGAUGGGGGUCAAGGGUUCGGAAUCGCCCAGCUACUUCCUCGAGCACGAGAGCGGCAAAUAUUACACGCUGAUUGAAGGUGAGGGACAUGACGUGGGCUCAGAGUAUGACAGAGGUAGAUCGACAGGUGUGCGCCGAAGAGAAAAGACGCCGACUCACGGUGAUCUGAGGCCCGUGUCCAUGCCCACCGACUACAGCUGGAUAGGAGACCCCAAAGAGCCCAACAUGUACAAGAGAGGGAGCCGAGGUAAGCGGAAUAACUCUCUCCUGAGAUAUCUGAGCGAUGAUAAGAUCCUGGUGAUCCAAGAGGAGCCGCUGAGCCAGAAAGACAACAAGAAGGACACGGGCCGGAGGUCCCGGAAAAAAAGCAAGAACCCGGGCAGUCCCAGUUACCCCAUCAGCCCUUCCAUGCUAACCUCCAGCGGGCGGCUGGACCCGGCCCAACAGGACGCCAUGACCUUCUCCAUGGCCGACAGCAACACUGUACCCCUCUACCACUCUUUCCAUUACGCAUCUCUGAGGGUAAAAACCAAAAAAAGAUCCAAAGGAAAUUCGCUGACCAGCGGCAGCCGGCGGAGGAUUUCCUGCAAGGAUCUCGGCCACGGCGACUGCGAGGGAUGGCUGUGGAAGAAGAAGGACGCCAAGGGAUAUUUCACCCAGAAGUGGAAGAAGUAUUGGUUCAUCCUGAAGGACUCCGCCCUCUACUGGUACACCAAUCAGAACGAUGAGAAGGCGGAGGGGUUCAUCAGCCUCCCGGAGUUCAGGAUCGAUCGCGCCAUCGAAUGUCGGAGGAAACACGCCUUCAAAGCGUGUCACCCGAAAAUCAAGAGCUUCUUCUUCGCCACGGACUGCCUGGAGGAGAUGAACAGGUAGGAGGAGCCAUAAUCCAUCGAUGCUCGGGGGAGGGUCA